UUUCCCAAUUUGUUCGGAGCAAUAAUUGUGUUUCUUUCUAAACAAGCAUGGAGGACUCCAUGAAACAAGCAAGGUGUAGCUGCUCCCAGUCUCGUUAUUAACCAUACAGAACAGUGUCAAGAAGUGAGAGAUCUUGUAUACAUUUUUAGGGAAGAGAGUGUUUGUUACAAAUUCAUUUGCUGUAGGGCGUCUACUCCGAUCGACAUGGAAAGCCAAAUACAAGCCAACUUCAUCGACGAAAGAGUCAAGCAAGCUGUUGCCAGUUCACAAACAGCACUUUUAAGCAAGCUAGAUAGCCUAAUUUCGUCGAAAUUUACUUGCUUUGAAACAAAGAUAAGCGAUGUACAGAAAGAUCUUUCGGAGAGUCAACUUGCGAAAAUUCAGCAGAACAUUUUAGCAAAUGACAGCUAUAUGUUCAAACGUAAGAGCUGUGAGGAUCAAUUUAAAUUCAAUGCAAAAGUCGCUACUAAGCUGAGAGAAGCAGAAACGAGCGUGACAAACCUCAAAGAUGUUCCACAGGCUAUCAACAGCAUAUCUGAAGGUAUAAACUUGAUAAAUCAUCGCCAAAAGCUGAUCAGAAUGGCCGACGCAUCGGAGUCCGGAUGGAAGGUUGUUCAUGAAUAUGAAACCAACCCACUGGCCUCUGAUUCUGACGAUGAAAAGAAAAUCAACCGGGCUGAAUCCAGAGCCAGUAAGAAGCUGAAGAUUGAGCAGGCCAAAAGAAUAAAGAAAUCCACAAGAUUUUCAUCAUGGCCGGCUUCUAAGCCUGCUGGGAGGUCAGGAGCAAACACUCAACAAACAAGCGUGAGCAGCGUGACAUCAGCCAAGAAACCGGGGCUCUGUUUCAACUGCGGCCAGCCAGGGCACUGGAAGUAUUCGUGCCCACAGAGACGACAACUUCCAAGUGAUAAGAUAAGUGAUAAUAUUUGUUCCAUUAUUGAUCUCAGUUUUGACUGGAAUCAGAAAACCGAUUAUGAACCAUCGGUGUUAAUCAAGGAAACAAAAGGUGUACCAAAUAAAUCGUUUGUGUUAACAACAGUAGGUAGACUAAAGGCUUCCUUAAAACACUGGGAAGAAGCGAAAGUAAAUGAACAUAUAAAGGCAGUUAUUGUAGACGGGUAUAGAAUACCCUUUAGAACACUACCAGGUGUUUUUCAUUUGAAAAACAAAAGGUCGGCUUUGGAGAACAAGUUAUUCGUUGCAACAGAGAUUGAAAAACUAAAAGAAAAAGGCUGUAUUUCUGAAGUCUUACACAAACCAUCAUGUGUCAAUCCCUUGACGGUUGCUUUCAGUAAGAAUGGUAAGCCAAGACUAGUUUUGGAUUGUAGAGAUAUCAACCCUCAUUUGGCACAGUUCAAGUUUAAGUAUGAAGAUGUUACCGUUGCAAAACAAAUGUUUGUUACAGGGGAUUACUUGUUUACUUUUGAUCUCAAGUCAGCUUAUCAUCAUAUUGAAAUUUUUGAGCAGCAUAGACCAUAUCUCGGUUUUUCAUGGGACAAAGGAGGUGGAACACAUUACUAUCAGUUCAAUGUACUUCCUUUUGGAUUGGCAACUGCACCGUACAUUUUCACUAAAAUGAUGAAAGUUUUUCUUACAUUGUGGAGGUCUAGAGGUCAUAAGAUUAUCAUGUUCAUAGACGAUGGGCUAGCGGGUAGUAGUACUUUAGGAGCAGGACUCAUACUCAGUAACAAAGUGCAGAAAUCAUUGCAGGAUUUGGGUUUCCUGAUCUCACAUGAAAAAUGCGUCUGGGAACCUUCGCAAAGUGCACAAUGGUUGGGUUUCAGCUGGCUCAUGGCCUCGGGUUCAUUACAUGCUAUACCAAAUAGAAUUGAUAGAGUUGAAAAGAUGCUUGAGUCAAUUAUUUAUCAGAUGGAUUCCGAUAAGUGUCAUUUGAUUCCAGCCAGAAUUUUAGCUUCAGCAGUUGGUCAGAUUAUUUCUUUAACACAUUCUAUAGGAAGAUUGGUAAGAUUGCAAACUCGUGCUCUGUAUCGUUGUAUCGAUACAAGGGCAAGCUGGAAUGCCCCAGUAAAGAUAGACCAUGAGGCUUAUGAGGAGAUUCGAUUUUGGAAGAAGGAGGUUAGAACCUUAAACGACAAAGGUUUAAGUAUUGAAAGUAAAGUUGAUCAUGUAAUUGAAGCAUAUAGUGAUGCAUCCGCUAUCGGAUAUGGCGGGUAUGUUUCCCUUGGUGCGGGAGCCUUACUUGAAGGCACAGAAGUGGUUGGUUCAUGGAACAAGGAAGAGGCUCAGCAAAGCUCCAGUUGGAGAGAAGCUGUAGCAGUAGAAAGAGUACUGAAAAGCAACACUGAAAUGUUAGAAAACAGGAAAGUUAAAUGGUUUACCGAUAAUCAAAACGUGAAGAAAAUAAUCAAUUCGGGUAGCAGACGAUCUAAUCUUCAGCAAAUUGCAUUAAAUAUCAAUCGAUUUUGUGAGCAGGAAAGUAUAAUUAUUGAACCUGAAUGGAUUAAAAGGAAAUAUAAUGUACUGGCUGAUACUCUCAGCAGAACAACCGACAGUGAUGACUGGCAAAUUCAGCCAGAAGUAUUUGCUUAUUGGGACAUAGUUUGGGGUCCACACUCCAUAGACAGGUUUGCAUCAAAUUUGAACUCACAGUGUAAGAAGUUUAACUCCAGGUGGUGGUGUCCUGGAACGGAAGGCGUAGAUGCAUUCACUAAGAAUUGGUCAAACGAAUGUAACUGGUUGGUACCGCCACCAAGAUUAAUUCUGAGAACACUGAAGAAAAUGCAAAAGGACAAGGCAAAGGGCACUAUUGUUGUUCCCCUAUGGAGAUCGUCUCCAUUUUGGCCUUCGCUGAUCGCAGAACCAGAGGUUUUUCACAGUUUUGUAAAAGCUAAGGAAGUGUUACCGUGUUCAAAUGUGAUCCGCAAAGGAUCCGGCAGUAAUGGCAUUUUUGCAGAUAAUCCAUUGAAAUUCAAAUUAAUCGCUUUGAAAAUUGUAUUCUGAAUCAAAUAUAGCCAGUUGGCA